AUGGGAAGGAGGCACAGUUUGUCUCACGGAGAACCCAUCAUCUUUGAGAAGAUGGAUGGUGGAGGUCCUGAGCUCUCCAGGAUGAUUCAAGAGUUCGAAGGUAGUGACAAUCCAACAGAGGAAAAUGACCAUCAUGAACAGAAGUCAGGUACCAAGAGUGUAUUCUGCAAGGAGGUACUGAAUACUCUAUCUUCAUUUCAAGAACUUUGCAGCCCGAUCCUAGAAGGAGUAGGAAACCUGGUUGCGAUCCAUACCAGGGAAAUCGUGGAUGAUACGGUGGUACUAGCAUCAACAAGAAUUCCUUCUGACUGGAAAGGCUUUGCAUGAGUCGACGGUAACAAGGACAAACUUUUCAAACUCAUUGCAAACAAAGUAUGUAACUGGUAUUGCUUACUUUUGUAACAGAACUGUGUCUCUCUUGACAGACUUCAAACACCUUCCUAUACAUGCUUUAAUCACAAAUAUUUGUAUCAUUUUUUUAAGGUGGUUUCACUGGAGGUUAGAGCAUCUACUCUUCCUAUGGCGAGGGUAUCCUAUCGAGUACUGAAAAAACGUAGGUGAGCUUAAUCGCGCCUUGCACACAUGAAGAAGCAGACACUCGCCUUAUGGUCCAUAUACUUGAUGCAGCCUCCAGCGGACAUCGACGAAUUAGAAUAAGAAUAAAUGAUACAGAUGUUAUUGUAGUUGCAAUUUCAGUGGUUAGCACUGUUCCAACAAAUGAACUCUGGAUCACCUAUGGAUCUGGAAAGAAUGUACAGGAUAUCCCUGCACAUACAAUAGCAAUGCUCCUGGGUCCUGAUAAAGCCUCGACCCUACCAAUGUUGCAGGCGCUAACUGGGUGUGAUACUGUUUCGUUUUUCGGAGGGAGUGGAGAAAAAGGGCUUGGGAUGUAUGGAAAGUGUUUCCUAAACCGACACUAG